AUAUUUAAUUUAGAACUAAUGAACCAAUAUUCUACGUGUAUAUAAGUAUGAUAUACCUAUCAAAGAGCGUGCAGCGUAGGUAUAGAUAAAAUAAUAGAUAUAGCUUACCUGUAAUACGUGAAGGGAGAUCUGUUCGUGAGUUAUUCUAAGGAAUAGUUCUGAAAUUCUUCUUUUUUAUCUAUUGGCAAAAAGCAUGUACUAAUGGGAAUAACACGAGGGAUAAAAUGAAAACAUCGGAUAUAAAUCUAUACGCACUCAGAAUGCACUUGAGGAUAUUCGUUUACUGAACAGGAUUAUUUCUUGUGUUUAGAUAUAGAUACAUAUCUUUGUGUUAAUUGAAUGUAUUUUCUUUUCUUUUUUUUUCAAACAAAUCAUUUUCCUAUUUCAUUCACGUUUUAAUAUUAUAAUAACAAUAAAAAGUAUGACAAUAUUACUGUUAUUAUGACAUUAUGUUGUAUUGAUUAGAUCAGAAAUUUUAAUCAAUAUCUGACAGUCAAAAUAGGAAGUUGCUUUGUAUGGAAUAUAUUUUUAAUUGUUCAGGUGUGCUCAGAGAAGCUGAAGGAAUUUUACGCAAUACACACAUCAGGGUGGUUAUUACUCUCCGAGAGCUGGUGCACACCAGCUGUUUAUUAUGAUUUAUUUUAUCAGCACUCAGGAUGAUAAUUUCUAAGUGUACCGACUGUUUAGAAUGUUUGAUUGUGAGUUAUGUCGAAUGAUUGGGCAGAGACUUUGAGACGGGAGUGAAAUGCUGAACACACUGUUUUCAUUGGGGUUGCUUAUUCAAGGUGUAUGGAGUUUCUGCAGUAACGAAGAGCUCCGGUGUAUAGACGGUACUUGUGUGCCAAUCAGUAAAAAGUUGGAUGGUAGACAAGAUUGUCCGGACGGAAAAUACGAUGAAGAUUUCAAGAAUUGGUGUAAGGCCUCACAGAUGAACUGUGCCACUGGAAGGUGUAUUUCACGUGCGAAAUUUCAAAAUGGCGUCAAUGAUUGCGGGGAUAACUCGGACGAAGUGCAGUUCCCGUGCAAGCCACCGCUGUACUCGUGCACAGGUACAUCCACGGUUUGUAUUGACAAGACAAAUAUAAAUGAUGGUACAGUAGAUUGUCCAGACGCCACUGAUGAAGUGAAACGACUGAUGGGCAGUUGCGGGUUGAACAACGAGUGUGACGGAAACUGCACUUGUGGAAGAUUUGUUCCAUACUCCGUUUGUACAAACGGCACGUGUGUGUGCGACACGGGUUAUAAAAUCUCAGGAAACAGGAAGCAGUGUUUAUCACGAAAAUUAAAUGAUGAGUGUUCAUUUGAUGACGACUGUUCCGUCGUUAUGAAAAACAGCGUCUGUACUGGUGAAGUAUGUGGGUGCGGCGUUGGCUUUAUAGCAAAUGGAUCAAACACGUGCAGGGAAGUUAUGAUUGGAGACCAAUGUUUAGGCGACCAAGACUGUCUGAUGUUUAACAACAAUAGUAGAUGCAGUGCAGGUACAUGCGGCUGUGCUUUGGGAUACUACGAGAACAACUUCACCUGUCUUCCACGUCACAUUGGUGACACGUGCAAUAUCACUGCAGACUGCUCCAGCGUUAUCGAUGACAGUUCGUGUGACAACGGAACUUGUUCAUGCACGACAGGCUAUUAUGCUUUUGGAAAUAUGAAUUUCUGUUUCAAAAGAAAACUGUUCGACGUUUGUGACGUAGACGCAGACUGUGUCUCGGUGAUCAACAAUAGUGUUUGUCAAGAACGGUUGUGCGCAUGUGAAGAAAACAGAAAACCAGACCUAAAUCGUACUUUUUGUGUCCAAAAGGAUGUAGGGGAUGAAUGCAGUUUAGAUAAUAAUUGCGACUUAAUUGACAACAGUUUUUGCUUGAAUAACUUGUGCACCUGUACACUUGGAUAUCACGACUAUGAAACAAAUAAAACGUGUCUUAGGAGAAAAAUAUUCGACAGAUGUGACGUACAUGGAGACUGCUUUAUGGCUGUGAAUUCAAGUUUGUGUCAACUUGGAAAUUGUCAGUGUGAAAAGGGAAUGAUUGAAGAGAAAAAUAAUACUUCAUGUCGUUUACGGAUAUUGGGUGACACAUGCAGUGAUGAUCUUGACUGUGCAAUGUCUGUUUUAUAUUCGGAUUGCACAAACAGUUCUUGCGCAUGCUUACUUGGUUAUCACGCGGCGAAAGUUAACACGUGUCUGCUGAGAAAGAUCGGAGAUGAAAGCUGUCAGACUGAUGACGAUUGUGACACGGCAGUGUCAGACAGCGAGUGCAGAAAUAAUACCUGUUUAUGUCAAUCUGGCUACCUGGAAUUGUAUAAUGGCACAGUGUGUGCUAAAAGAAAUAUUUCAUCGCCAUGUGAUCACGAUGUCGAUUGCAGUGACGCCAUGAUUAACAGUCUGUGUAUGAAUAACUCCUGUGAAUGUCGUUCUGGAUACAAAGCUAUCAAUGACAACACAGCGUGUGAACUUCGUGCACUAAAUGAUACGUGUGACGUAGACACAGACUGCAGUGACGCAAUCAGCAACAGUAACUGCUCGUCUGGAAGAUGUUUCUGUAAUUCCGGAUACCAGUCUUCUCAGCGGAAAAGUGUCUCUGAAAUUUACACCGAAUCACCUGUAAACAGUACGUUCAGUAAUGUCAGCUCGCUGUUAACGAAUACCACCGUGCAUUCCGAAAACGAAAUGGAAUGCGUGUUACGACAAAUUGGAAAUAAAUGCAAGGUUAGUACGGAUUGUUCAGACGCUGUGCCAAACAGUCUUUGUAAAGAUAAUACAUGUGUUUGUAAACAAGGAUUCAAGACAGGAGCCAACACGUCAUCCAUCUGUGAAGCAAACAGGAUAAAUGAUGUUUGCAGUGAAAAUGCAGACUGUGAUUUGGCAGUUAACAAUAGUGUUUGUGACAGAAAGGAAUGUAAAUGCAUGGCUGGCUUUCAGGUAAACGAAGACAAGUCAGAGUGUAACCGUCGUAAGAUAUUCGAUAAGACAUGUUUCACGUCUAGCGAUUGUUACAUGGCUGUGUCAUACAGCAACUGUAUAAAGCGACAGUGUAUGUGUAACUCCGGCUACUAUCCAUCUAACGGAAAUCAAACAUGUACCAAGUUUAAAAUAGGAGACAAGAAUUGCGUUACUAUACUCGACUGCAAGGAGGCGGUGUCCAAAAGUUCCUGCCGGAAGGGAGAGUGUAGAUGCAUCAAUGGCUAUAUGGCAGAAAAUAACAACACAGUCUGUCAAAAACGUAUUAUUGGAGACCCGUGCGAUACGGACCUGGAUUGCUCGGCAGCGGUAUUCAGAAGUUUAUGUAACGGAACGUGUAAAUGUGAAGAUGGUUAUGACGCUAAUCCUAUAACCAACUUAAGAACAUGUGUAAAAUCACCCCAGAAGUUACUGGAUACUUGUAGCUUUGAUGAACAAUGUUUUCGCCUUGACAACAUCAGCAGUUGUGGGAACCUACAUGGUUUUGAGAGCAGAAUAAAGUCAUGUGUAUGUGAACUAGGUUACUUUGUCCGAUAUGACCAAGUGGAACAAGGACAUUGUUAUGAACCAAGGCUGAUAGGCGAUUAUUGUGAGAACCGUGCGUGGUGCCAGUUUGGUGAUAACGUGCAUUGUGUGGAUAAUGAAUGUACAUGUAGACCUGGACAUAUACCAAACGCAACAUAUAACGGAUGUGUACAUUUACCGGAGGCAGUCGGAGAUUUUUGCCGUAUUGACUCUCACUGUGACAAGAUCCCACACUCGGAGUGUUACGUCGGAGAACAAAAUAACACUUGCCAAUGCCAUUACAAAUACAAAACCAAUGAUGAUGGAAGAAACUGCCUGCCUAGAUCAUUUGUGAUUGAGCCACCUUCUCCAGUUGUGGAAAUAGGUUUACAAUGUGAUGCAAGACGGACAUGUAACAAGCAUGAUGAAGGUCGAAAAUACUGGCGCUGUGCGAAGGAAGAAGGACGUCAACAUACACGCUGCCUUUGUGUGCCUGGUUACGCCAGUAAAUAUAACUCGGAAACAUUUUCUUGUAAAGAAAUACAAACAUAUUACUUCAACAUAAACAUAACACACGAGCUCGGUUGCCGGGACAACAAAGAAGACACACCUCUCUGCUAUCAGUAUCAACCUAUCAGAAUUCUGAAACAAUAUAACAACGAAAAUACUAAAUACUUCCUGUACAUCAGGGAUAGGAUCGUUCUUCAAGGGUUUGCCAAUUUGUUUAAUGACACUCCACCUUACAUUCGAGACCGCUACAUGACCAGUGAAGUACUCAACAUUACAGAAUCACAGAAUCAGAUGAAAAUUGGAGUGUUGGUUUAUUUUCUAGCUGAUUAUUACAAUAUAAUCAACGAAACUGAACUUGAGAAUGAAAUGAUCAACAGUCUUAUAAGGUCUCACGGGGAAAUAGGAAAGAGUCAACUUAAAAUGUCUUGGCCAUUUGAUGACGCCAUAGAAUAUAAAGAUUUUGAUGAAUGUACAGAGCAGGGCGGUCGGUUCUCGGAUUGCUCUCCCAUUGCCUGGUGUUUGAACACACGUGUAUCGUAUAUGUGCUCGUGCAGGCACGGGUAUGAGGACUGGUCUGUCGACAGUGAUGGUAGACCGGGUAGGAUUUGCAAUCUUCCGCAAGACGUUACUACUGAUAGCUUGAGCUGUUCUGACGGUAAAUGUGAAAACCAGUGGGAAUAUAUAAGCUUAGCCCUUGUUGGGUUUGGUUUCGUAUUAUUUUUCUUUAUUGGGUACGAGAUAUAUACAAGAAAGAAGAAACUCGAAAAGAGGUACAGAAUCUUGACAUUUAUUACAAAUUACAAAAGGCGGCCAAAAAGGCAAGAUUAAAUUCUUUACGGGAGAGAAGAAAAACAAUAAAGAGGAAAAAGAAGGAUGACGAAAAAGAGAAAAAAGAUACCAAGGAUAAGGACCAACCUGAGGAGGAGAGACAAUUAGUUGAAAAUUUUUCCGAAUGAUUAAACUAUCAGCUUGUAAGAUUUCCUUAGUAUUGUUAACUGUAGGCUAUUGAGACUGUGAUUUACUGCUCUCUAUAAAUGUUUAAUCAUUGUAAUGAACUUUUGAAGCAUGUGUAAACUAUAUUACUCACUGUGAUAGAAAUGAAAAUACAUGUGUGUAUUUGCAGGCCCCAUUUAGGUGACGAGACAAUUUUAACAACGGGUAUCUUAAUACAAAAUCCUGUCUUGGUUUCCAAAAUUGUGAUAUGAAACUGACAAAGAAAUAUUGGAAUCAGUAGUAGGGUAGGGGUUAAGGUUAACUUAUACUUCCUUUCCAUAUACCUAGCUUAAAUAGCGACGAAGUAGAGUGUCCACCUAGAUGUGAGACCCGGUUCAGUUCCUUGCCCGAGAUGAAAUAUUGUGUUACAAAAGAACAUUAUUGUCCAGUCUGAUGUGUUUAUAAAGGAUCUGAAGUAUUAUAAAAUAGUUUGAUUACUUCCAAAAAUAUUUAUUGACCUAAUAGUUAUUUGAAGUCUCCUGUAGUAGACAUUAGAAGAGUUGUUAAACAGAAAAUAAAAUUUUAAUCUGUAAUAAAACUAUCCAAAGAGGUUACGAAUGGACUUUUUACUGUAUUGUCUUAUGACACUUAUUUUUGACUGUGUAUGGCCGACAGAUCAUUUCAGGUUUACGUAUUUACUUUAGGUCUAUUCGCGAACAUGAAACAAUUUGAGAUAGUCGUGUACUAAGUUCUAGCAUUUAAGAAAUUUAUAAUCAUAACCUGGACUAAUAUAAUUAGAAGUAUAUAAAGCCAUUAUAUAAACAACUGUUAGCAUUUUUUCUUUGUAGAGCGCAACAUAAAAUGGCUGAUUAAUGUUACACUUUGAUCUCACUGUUAGAAUGCGAAUGUUUGUGUUGAUAAAUACAGUGUUAAUCUUUGUAUGUUUGUUUGUGUUACUUUUUGUAAGUGAUUUUUUCUUGUUAAUGGGAAUUAAAGGGACACGCCUUCAGUAUGCCAGUUAUUACGAAAUGCAUUUAGUUCGGCAGGCAGUAAAUAAAAAGUAAAAACUUUGAUUCAUUGAGUUUUUGAUAAAAUUUGCUUUAAAAUCUCUAGUUUCUUCUCUAUAAUAAUGUAGAUAAUGGUAUGUCACACACAAGUUGAAAUAAUGUAAAAAGGUAAUUUCGUAAUAGCAUACAGAUUACAAUUAAGCUUAGAUUUUAUACUACCUUAUGAGUUUUGUAAUUUUAUAAACGUAGCUAUUUCUUUUAAGGUAGCAGAUACAUAAUGACAUUCGGCAGCUUCCGUUCCGUUACGUGUUCCCUUAAUGCGGAUUUCGCAUUUCCGAAAUUAACAAUUAACCUAAGCAGGUGCUCGUUUGAGCUGUACCAUCCAAAGAAUGCCGAAACGGCCCACAAUUAUACGUAAUAGCACGGAAAUUACCGAAUGUCAUUGCAGGUCCACUACCUUAAAAUAUUUUUAGACAUGACUGAGCUUAAAUUAUAUCUUUCAGAGGUUAUACAUUUACUAAACAAAUAUUCUACGCUAGAUUCAGAAGAGUAAUUUUAAUUGUGCUAAUCUAUAAAGAAACUAAGGUCUUUCAAAUUGUGCAUCAUUAUUCAUAUGAAUAUUUUGCCGUAUUGUUUAAGUCUUGUAUGAAUAUUUGUCAUUAUUGUAAUUGUGUUCAUGAUACAUUGUCAAUAUGUGAGAAAUAAACUGAAAUUAUUACAUAA